AUGGCUGGCGCCGCGCAAUCAACAGCUGCAGAUGGCAUGCCCUGGCCGAAGUGCAAGACGGACAUGGACUGGGACAAGAAGCCCUUGGGCCGGGGUUACUUCGGAGAGGUGUGGCGCUGCACUCGUCCUGGCAAGGCACCCUCUCCGCUAAUUUGGGCCGUCAAGAAGAUCCCCAAAUCGCUGGUUCAGCAGCAUAGUCUCACCGAGCAGAUGCAAAGAGAGAUAACCAUCAUGCGCAGCCUGAGACACCAGAACAUUGUGGAACUGCAUUUCAGCUUUGAAGACGACAGCCACAUCUUCCUCGGGAUGGAGUUUGCGGAAGGCGGCGGCAUGUUCGACCUCCUCAGCAAGGUCGGCAAAUUCACCUUAGACCUGGCUGCACAGCACUUCUAUGAGGUGUGUGACGCACUGCACUACCUCCACAACCGUGAUCCGAAGAUCAUCCACCGGGAUAUCAAGCCCGAGAACAUUCUCCUCGACAAGGGCAUGCACGCGAAGCUGGCGGACUUCGGCUGGUCUAAUGUCAUGGAGAAUGUAUCCUACAGGGCAACUUUCUGCGGAACGCCCGACUACUUGGCUCCCGAGAUGAUUCUUGGAGAAGGUCACAACGAAAGCUUGGACAUGUGGGAGAUGGGCGUGCUGUUGUAUGAAAUGGUGGUUGGGAGAUCACCUUUCGGCGGAACCUCACAGAAUGACACCUGCAAGAACAUUCUGUGUCUUGGCAUCGGUUCAGAUCACUGCAAGGGUGUGUUUUUUGCAGCGGCAGAUACGGCCUUUGAGACAUUAUGUUUCAGCCAGUUUUGA